GGGCUGUCUCUGUCGCCCCCGUGUGUCGCUGAGGGUGGGGGCUGUCUCUGUCGCCCCCGUGUGUCGCUGAGGGUGGGGGCUGUCUGUGUCACCGGCAGUGGGGGAGUGUAUCUGUCCCUGAGGGUGGGGUCUCUCUGUCUCCCUGCCCCUCCCUGGGGGAGGGGUUGUCUGUCCCUGAGUUGCUGAGGGGUGGGGGUGGGGGAGUCUUUGUCCCUGUCCUUCAGGGGACGGUGGAUCUCUCUGUCUCUCUCUCCCUGUGAGUCCUUGGGGGAGGGGACAGCCUCUGUGAGGGGUAGGGGGGGUGGUUGUCUCUGUCCCUGGCCCUGGGGGACGGGGUCAGGGAGAGGGCAGGGGCCAUGGCCUCCGUUCCUCUGUACUGUCUCUGUCGCCUCCCAUACGAUGUGACCCGCUUCAUGAUCGAGUGCGACCUGUGCCAGGACUGGUUUCACGGCAGCUGUGUUGGUGUCGAAGAGGAUGAGGCGGCAGAGAUCGAUCUGUAUCACUGUCCCAACUGUGAGGUGGUUCACGGACCCUCUGUGAUGAAGCGGAGGAAGAGUUGGCCAAGGCAGGAGAACCUGAGCACUGUGGUUAGGUCUCGGCCCGUCCAGACCGGCACUCCCACCUUCAUUAAAGAGCUCUGCAGUAGGACGUUCCCCAGUGCCGAUGAGGUUAUCCUGAGGCCCACCGGUUACCAGCUGACGGUAGAGUACCUAGAGGAGAAUUCCUUCAGUGUGCCGAUCCUUGUUGCCAGGAAGGACGGGCUGGGUAUGACUGUGCCAUCGAGUUCCUUCACCGUUAAUGAUGUGGAACGCUUUGUGGGCUCGGAGAAAGUAAUCGAUGUUAUUGAUGUGGCCCGCCAGGCAGACUGCAAGAUGAAGCUCGGUGAUUUUGUCAAGUAUUAUAAUAGCGGGAGCCGCGAGAAGGUGCUGAAUGUGAUCAGCCUGGAAUUCUCCGACACCAGGCUAUCCAAUCUGGUGGAGACCCCAAAGUUAGUGAGGAAGUUGUCCUGGGUCGAAAAUCUCUGGCCCGAGUCGUCGCUGUUUGAGCGGCCCAGUGUUCAGAAAUACUGCCUGAUGGGUGUCCAAGACAGUUACACUGACUUUCACAUCGACUUCGGAGGCACUUCUGUCUGGUAUCACGUCCUCAAGGGGGAGAAAAUCUUUUACCUGAUCAGACCGAGCUCUGCCAACCUGGCGCUGUUUGAGCACUGGAGCUCCUCCAACAACCAGAACGAGAUGUUCUUCGGUGAUCAUGUGGACAAGUGCUACACGUGCUCAGUGAAGCAAGGCCAGACUCUGUUCAUUCCCACUGGCUGGAUCCAUGCUGUCCUCACCCCUGUGGACUGUAUCGCCUUCGGUGGGAAUUUCCUCCACAGCCUGAACAUUGAAAUGCAGCUGAAGGCCUACGAGAUUGAGAAAAGGUUAAACACUGCCGACCUGUUCAAGUUCCCUAACUUUGAGACGAUUUGCUGGUACGUUGGGAAGCAUCUUCUCGAUACGUUCAGAGGUCUCCGGGAGAACCAGCGGCAUCCUGCCAACUACCUGGUACACGGUGCCAAGUCCCUGAACGUGGCCUUCCGAUCGUGGACCAAGAAGGAGGCCCUCCCCGAGCACGAGGAUGAAAUUCCUGAGACCAUUCGGACUGCACAGCUCAUCAAAGACCUCGCAAAGGAGAUUCGCCUCGUGGGCACUGUCGGGAAGCUCGGGGGUCCUUUUGGCCUCCGUCGAAGCCCCCCCAUGUCGCAGCCCCCUGGCGUGACGGAGAAGGACCCCCAGAAAAAGGGCAGCGUGUCUCGGGAGGGUGGCAGGAAGAGGGGCACGAGAGAGAAGGAGCCGGUAGGACUGCUGACUCCAGACCUCGACUUGCUGGAGAUGCACACUAAGCAGACCCUGAAGAAACUCGAAUCGCCCAAGAAGGAAAAGCGUGACGUGGCCAGCUCGCAGCUACAGCUUGAUGCCCUGGAAGGUGAACUGGCGAUGGAUGCUACCGUUGGUCUGGAUGACAAUAAGCUGCGGUUCGUACUCUCCAACGGCAAGAUCAUGAGCAACAAAGGAGCGAAGGUACCGCCCGCAGCUGGGAAGUUUGAGCCAUUGCUCGGGAUGCUGAAGGGAGUAAAACGCUGCUUCAAGGACGAGUAUGAUUAUGAUUCCGAAGACGAUCUGCAGAUCGAUGAGACUCCACGCAAGGAUCGUCGGGCCAUGGCAGCCAGCAAGAAGCUACUGAAGCUACCACGCCGGUUACCCCGGGCACAGCCCUGUAAGGACCCAACUCGCAAGAGGGAGCCAGGAGAGGUUGACUUCGACAUUGUGGAGGAUGACUCCACAGAUGAAGACUCGGUGAUUAACAUUGACAUCGGGAAUGGAGAAGGAGGAGCUGAGAGUGCAGGGGCCACUGGCUCGGCUGGCAUCCUGGACCUGCUCAAGGCCAGCAAAGAGGUUGGAGGACUGGAAUACAGUUCGCAAAGCCAGCCCCCUGCCUCCCCCAGCACACAGGAGGCUAUCCAGGGCAUGUUGUGUAUGGCCAACCUGCAGUCGACCCCAGGCUCCAGCCUGCAGGCCUGGUGGAGCAGCGGGCAGGAACGGAACGGAGGGCUCCCUCCUCCCUCCUCGGUAUCGGGUUUGGGGGGUAAGAGGGUGAGGCCGGGACAGCCCCCCAGUAACCGGAAUGCUGAGCUGCCGGGAAACCAGACCGUGCCCAGCGACGAGGACAGCUACGAUGAGCAGGAGAGUCUUGGAGCCUGCUUCAAGGAUUCCGAUUAUGUUUAUCCAUCACUCGAGUCUGACGAAGAUGACCCGGCCUCAAAGUCCCGGAAUAAGAGGAGGCGGAACAGUGAUGAUGCGCCGUGGAACCCGAAAGCCCGUGUGGCACCCACACUCCCGCGGCAAGAGAGGCCA